GCAGUGCGUGCCCUCCGCAGAGCCACAAGCGCACACCGUGGGGCAGCCCCCUUCGCUCCCCGGCCGCUGUGCGGGACGUGCCGGUCGGGGGGUGGCAUCCCCCCGCCCCAGUCUCGGCUUUCCGCCGCGCCGGGCCCCGCCCAGGAGGAGGGCAGCGCUGCCCAGCGCCCGGGGGCUGGGCCGGGCGGAGGGGCCGCCCCGCCUCUUAGUCGGCAGCAGCUGCUGCUGCAGGGCCGCAGCCGCCCGUGGGCCGCCGCCAUGCCGAGCUCGCUGAAGGAGGAGACGGCGCUGCUGCUGGAGGACUACUUCCAGCACCGCCGCGGCGGCAGCGCGCUGCCCCCCAGCCCCACGGCGGCCACGCUGCGGCGGGCGGCGGCCGAGCUGGAGCGGCAGGAGCGGGUCUUCUUCCGCUCCUGCGCGCCGCUGGCGCGGGCCGAGCCGCAGGAGGCGACGGCGCUGCUGGGGCGGGUGGCGGUGCAGCUGGAGGCUGACGGCGGCCUCAAUUGGGGCCGGCUGCUGGCGCUCGUGGUGUUCGCCGGCACGCUGGCGGCCGCGCUGGACGAGCGGGGCUGCGCCGACGGGCCGCGCUGCCUGGCCGCCGCGCUGGCCGCCUACCUGGCCGAGGAGCGCGGCGAGUGGCUGGAGGCGCACGGCGGAUGGGAUGGCUUCUGCCGCUUCUUCAGUAGACAGGGCUCCGAGACAGCUGAGCAGAGCAGUACCAUAAGCAACGCGAUCAUGGCCGCAGCAGGAUUUGGAAUAGCAGGAUUGGCUUUUCUCUUGGUGGUGCGGUAGGCUGAUGAACGGAUCUUGCCACGGGGAAGUACUCUCAAAACUGACAAUUUACCAGAUUUCACUCUAUUUUCUAUAGAACAGACCCUCUAAGAAGAAGUUUAUAUUUUUAAACUUGCUCGGGAAACUGUCUUGCCAAAUCCUUGGCUAUAAACUGCUUCACUCGCUACCCAGUAACAGCACAAACAAAUGUGUCCUAAACCACCAUUUGUGCAUGUUCAAAACCUGUCUACAAACAUCCUCUGGACUUUCUUAUUGAAGGUGUAACCUAAGCUUUAGCAUGGUUCAUGUACUGUAACUUCUGAGUGCUCGAUGUUAUGCUAGGAAAACGUUAUGGUGGACUUGCUACUACUAAACCCUCUGUUUGAGACGUCUUAUUUACAUAGAGGCAAGUCUUUGAACCUGCCUUCCAUUAAUACUGUAAAGUGGGCGAACGUUAACUGUGAUUUAACAUAGCUUAUGGCUUCAAAUGCGGUGCACAGCACUUGUUAGCAAAAGGCAACUCGUUGGUUGAUUUAGAGCAAUUAAAUGCCUGUGAUGCAAGAGGCAUUAGGGCUUGAUAUAACAUACAGCUGAUUUCCUUACACUACAAGAAGAUAAGAAUUGAUACAGGACGCUAAUGGCUGCAGUACUGGUUCUUACUGAAAGGAAUUUAAAUAUUAAACCUUAAUUGGUAUAUUGAAAUCCAGUGGAGGCUGGAAUUUCUCUGGAUUUCCUUGACAAAACAAGAAUUUCCAUAUAUCUUAAUAUAUUUUUGAAGUAUUUAUCACUGUAUAAUACUUGUAGCCAUAACAUCUUUAUUUUUGUUUAAAACUUAAUGCUGGUUCUUGUCACUCUAGUGCGUAUCAAGCGUUGUCUUGUUUGAGUAAUAUUUCACUCUAUUUUCAACAUGCUGUGUAUUUCUUUCAAUGGUUGUACAAAUUGCCUUAUGUUUCUGGUAGCUUUUAAUAACGUUCCUGGGUUACUCAUAGCGUGUACAAUUUUACUAUGGUGACUUCAAAGGUGAAUAAAUGUUGAGUAUUUUUAUUUUAAAAACCUUAA